AUGGCACCGAUACCAAAGUCUAUAGGCGACUUUGUUGUCCUGCCGCUCUCCAUUCCUGCGCUCCCAUCUUAUCCCAAAGCCGUUAUUCAUCACAUCUACGUGCGCAAGAAUGCGCCCAAGAACCCAACGCCAGAUGACGAGCGGAGUCUCUUUGUCACCAAUGUACCAAUAGACAGCACGGAAGCUCAUCUGCGUGCUCUAUUUGUGUCGCUCGUUGGCGCCGGCAGGUUUGAGAGCAUUGCUUUUGAGGAUGAGAAGACAGGUGCUGCUCAGACCCCAGCCAUCCAGCCCGGCCAAGCUGCGAGGUUAUCAGCUCUCUCCAAGAAAAGGAAGAGAGACGAAGCCGAGGAGGAGGAAGCUCAGGAGGAGGAAGCAGCGAGAUUGUUGGAGACAUGGUCUCGACCCCUGCGGCGGAGCGGGAGCACUGCUGUGGCGUUGAUGGCAGACGAGAAGAGUGCAGACCUGGUCCUCAAGGCCAUCACGAAACUCCACAAGACGAAGAAGUACCCUGUUUGGGGAGAAGGCGUGUCGGACAAGGUGCCGGCCAUGGGUUCGGCAUGGCUUAGAUCCCACAACCAGAUGGCGUACCCGGACAAGGUCGACGUCCAGAGCGCCGUGGAUGCCUUCUUCACCGUCUUCAACAGGAGGGAGAAGGAAGCGGCCGAGAUGGCUAAACGACUGCGCAACGAGCCUGACGAGGAUGGAUUCGUCACCGUGACUCGUGGAGGAAGGAACGGGCCGGCGGGCAAGGCCGAGGCUGAGGAGGCGCGCCAGAAGAUGGUGGCCAAGCAGGACAAGAAGAAGUCGGAACUGACCAACUUCUACCGCUUCCAGCUCCGUGAACGCAAGAAGGCGGAGCAGGCCGAGCUGCUGAAGAAGUUUGACGAGGACCGAAAGAAGGUCGCCGCCAUGAGAGAGAAGAGAGGCAAGUUUAGGCCAGAGGCAUGA